CCUCAGAUCCGACACUGCAGGACGCGCACAAGCCUCUGGAGUCGGUCAGUCCUCCUCCUCCUCCUCCUCCUCCUCUUCCUCCUCCUCGCUCUCACCAUGCAUCCGACGAGGCUCACUACUCGGCAGUGACAAGUGUUUCCAGAGUUGGCGAGCGUUUCACCGUUUGAGCCGGCAGGUUGUUUGUUGCCCAAGAAGAAAAAAAAAGAAAAGAAAAGAGAAGAAAGGAAGAAAAAAAAAGCGAAAUCGAGGAGAAACUGUACGAAUUUUUACUGCGCUUUUUCUUCUUCCCUCCGCUGGGAACCGAAAACAGGCGGAGUUGAGGAUUUUUAUCAUCAUCAUCAUCACUAUUAUCAUUAUCAUUAUUAUUAUUAUCAUUAAUCAAAGAGGAAUAUUUUUGGUCCGAGCCUUUUACCGACGACAUGGAGUACACGUCAUCCCCGAAACCGCAGCUCUCAUCCCGGGCGAACGCUUUCUCCAUAGCCGCCCUGAUGUCCAGCGGGAAGCCCAACAAGGAGAAGGAGACGGAGGGGAACACCAUCAAGCCUCUCGAGCAGUUCGUGGAGAAGUCCUCCUGCAACCAGCAGUCUCUGGCCGACCUGUCCUCCCUGGACGGGCACGGGGACUUCAGCGGGAGCGGGCCCGCGGCGUGCACGGAGCCCCUCAUCCCCACCAAUCCCGGCGUCCCCAGCGAGGAGAUGGCGAAGAUCUCGUGCAGCCUGGAGACCAAAGAGCUGUGGGACAAAUUCCACGAGCUCGGCACCGAGAUGAUCAUCACCAAGUCUGGCAGGAGGAUGUUCCCCACCAUCCGGGUCUCUUUCUCCGGGGUGGACCAGGACUCCAAGUACAUCGUGUUGAUGGACAUCGUCCCGGUGGACAACAAGCGGUACCGGUACGCCUACCACCGCUCCUCCUGGCUGGUGGCCGGGAAGGCCGACCCUCCUCUGCCCGCCAGGUUGUACGUGCACCCGGACUCCCCGUUCACCGGGGAGCAGCUGAUGAAGCAGAUGGUUUCCUUCGAGAAGGUCAAGCUGACGAACAACGAGCUGGACCAGCACGGACACAUCAUCCUCAACUCCAUGCACAAGUACCAGCCACGGGUCCACAUCAUCAAGAAGAAAGACCACACCGCCUCACUGCUCAACCUCAAGUCUGAGGAGUUUCGCACCUUCGUCUUCGUCGAGACCGUCUUCACCGCCGUCACGGCCUAUCAGAACCAGCUGAUAACCAAACUCAAGAUUGACAGCAACCCGUUUGCCAAAGGUUUCCGGGACUCCUCGCGGCUGACGGACAUGGAGAGCAGGGAAAGUGUUGAGAAUCUGAUCCACAAGCACUCGUACGCCCGGUCGCCGAUCCGGACCUACACCGGCGACGAGGAGAACCUGGGCGAGGACGGACACUCUGCACACGCCAGAGGCUCGGCAUUCACCGCCUCAGACAACCUCUCUCUGAGCUCCUGGGUCACCACCACCUCGGGCUUCUCGGGCUUCCAGCACCCGCAGUCCCUGUCGGCCAUGGGCACCGGCGCCACCUCCCUGCCCCACCCCAUCCAGGGCUCCCUGCCCCCCUACAGCCGCCUGGGCAUGCCGCUGACACCCACCGCUCUGGCUGGAACCAUGCAGGGCAGCGGGCCGUCCUUCCCGUCCUUUCACAUGCCCCGCUACCACCACUACUUCCAGCAGGGGCCCUACGCCGCCAUCCAGGGACUGCGCCACUCCUCCACGGUCAUGACGCCCUUUGUAUGACUCUGUCCCGGGGAGGACAGCCAAACCUCGCUGUAACGUUUACCCCCAGUCCAGCGCAACAAGUUACUUCUCCACGCAGGCUCAUCACUCCUCAUCCAGUUUGUAUCUUUCCCUCUGGUCUUUGUAAAUAGUUCACCUCAGUGAGCAGGGUGGUGGUAACAACACGAAGAGGAUGUGGCUUACUGAAAGCUAAUCCGGAAAAAAAAGACGAGACAUUGUACAAACUACAAACCCUAACGCGAGACGAUAAAGGGAGCAUGUCUGAUCCUGGCCCUUGAAGAACAGUGGAUCCUCAACUUAAUCAUUUUAACAAUAUUUACAGGACCCUGCCUCCCUCUAAAGAUUUAACCGCCACCGCUGGCUGCAGGGUCUCCACCGGAGCUUUAAAGAUGGCAGGUUGCUGUGCGAUCCUUCAACAGCGCAGUGCUGAGAUGACGCUUUUCGGAGAGACUCAUCCGACGCUUCGGUAUGUUGGACAGCGAGGCUCAGUCUGAGCCUGGGAACAUUUCAGCAUAUCAGAGAGGCAGAACGGCCAUCUCAGCUUUUUCUGUGUUUUCUAGAAAGUCAGCCAUAUGUACAGUACAAUGUUAGAACUCCACGCUCUGUUGAAAAUAAUGUCAAAAACACAUGUUAAAAUGCAUUGUACAUAGUUGAAAAUGCUACAUUUACUCUUAGGAAAAUUCUUACCAUAGAGUGCAAAAAAAAAAAAAAAAAA